AUGGCACCCAUCACAACACCCUUGACGACCCUCCUGGGCGUCUCGCACCCCAUACUUCUCGCCGGCAUGGCUCGCACGUCAGGCGGCCGCCUUGCCGCUGCCGUGUCCAAUGCCGGCGGCCUCGGUGUCAUCGGCGGCUUCAUGUACACACCCGACCAGCUUCGCGAGAUUGUGGCCGAACUCAAGGCUCAUCUCACUGACCCCUCCCUCCCCUUCGGUGUCGACCUCGCUCUACCUCAGAUUGGCGGCAACGCUCGCAAGACGAAUCACGACUACACCGGCGGUAAGCUCGACGAGCUCAUCGACAUCACCAUCGAGUCCGGCGCCAAGCUCUUUGUCAGUGCUGUCGGCGUGCCGCCCAAGCACGUUAUCGACCGGCUGCACGAUGCCGGUAUCCUGAUCAUGAACAUGGUCGGGCACCCGAAGCAUGCCGUCAAGGCGCUCGACCUCGGCGUCGACCUCAUCUGCGCGCAGGGUGGCGAGGGCGGCGGCCACACGGGUGAUGUUGCCAACUCGGUGCUCAUCCCUGCCGUCGUCGACGUGGCGCGCAAGUACCGUCCCAAGUUGCUCGGCGGGCUACCGGCGCUCGUUGUUGCCGCGGGCGGCAUCUACGGCGGGCGCUCCCUCGCGAGUUCUCUCAUGCAGGGCGCCGCUGGCGUAUGGGUUGGCACACGCUUCGUCGCUUCUGUCGAGGCGGGGUGCAGCGAGGAGCACAAGCGCGAGGUUGUGUCGUGUGGGUUCGAUGGCACAGAGAGGACACUUGUAUUGUCUGGGCGGCCGCUGAGGAUGAAGACGAAUGACUACAUUCGCGGGUGGCACGCGCAACCCGAAAGGGUCAAGGAGUUGUGCGACAGUGGGACGGUGCCCAUCGAGUACGACCUCGAGGAGGGGAACGACAUUGAUCCGCCGCAUCUCAUGGGCCAGGUUGCUGGUUUGAUCACGAGGAUACAGCCGGCGGGAGAGAUUGUUGACGAGAUGGUAGCUGAGGCUGUGGACAUGUUGAAGUUAGGGAGCACGUAUCUCGACGCGACGAAGAGCAGAUUGUAG